AUGCUCAUCAUCGGGCUUACCGGCUCUAUAGCCACCGGAAAAACCACAGUCGCCUCCAUUCUCUCCUCCCCACCUUAUUCUCUCCCCAUCAUCGAUGCCGACAUCCUUGCCCGCAAGGUCGUCGAACCAGGCACGGCCGGGUACAAAGCAAUCGUCAAUUACUUCGGCCCGAGCACCCCCGAUCUCCUCCUCGAUGACUCUUCAAGCUCACAGGGCAAGUCACUCAACCGGCCGGCGCUAGGCCGGCGCGUCUUCGGCGAUUCCGAGGAACGCAAGCGCGACCGCCAGGUGCUGAAUGGGAUUAUCCACCCGGCCGUGCGGUGGGAGGUGUAUAAAGCACUGAUCUACCACUACGUGCGAGGACAAUGGGCCAUUGUUCUGGACGUGCCGCUGCUGUUCGAGAGCGGGAUGGAUCUGAUCUGCGGGACGGUCAUCGUGGUCGGCGUGCGUGAUCCGGCGGUGCAGAUGGCACGACUACGGGCCCGCAACGCAGAUCUCACAGCCGAGGACGCAGAGAAUAGAAUACGCAGCCAAGGCGAUGUGCGGAUGAAGGCAGCACAGGCGGAGUUCCGAGGCACGACUACCGCGCGCGGGGUCGUAGUGUGGAAUGAUGCGGACAAGGCAGAGCUGGAGCGUGCGGUCAAGGGAGCGAUGGCCAGCAUUGAAGCGUCGAGUCCACGAUGGUGGGCGUGGGCGCUGCUGGCGGCGCCGCCAGUGGGCAUCGGGAUUGCGGCGUGGAAUUUGGUAGUCAACUUUGCGACGCAGAAAGGGUGGGAGAAGAAGAAGCAGGAGAAGGCGCGGUUAUGA